AUGGCGAGCAAAAAGAAGAAAUCCCAGAAGCAGAAGACUGCUACUGCCGCGGGUACGGGAAAGAGUAUUCAAAAACGCAAGAAGGCAGUUUCUCGACGCAAUGAUAGAUGGGCGUCGGCCUCGGCUCCGCUACCUAGCCUCGUCGUGCGACGACCUGCGCCAGUAAUAUCCUCAAAGCACACCACGUAUUUUGAGAUUGUUGAGAACACAGAAAAGAAGAAGAAACUGGAAUUCCAGGUUACAACAGACCGCACUCCACCCCCAGGGUUUGAAUUUGUUCCGAUUGGUAACCCGGAUCUCACCAAGGCUUGUAAGGAGCUCUCAAGAGAGCAAGAUGCUAUGAUAUUCAUCGUCUCGGCUAUGGACCAUGGCGACGGCAGUCAGCUCGGACUACACAUGAACCGAGUCGGCCACCACAUCCGGCGUACUAUCGUCGAACAAGCUAGGACCUCACUGGGUCAAUCUUUGGAAUACUUCCUGGAGACAGCUAGUGACAAACGUCCAGAGCCGAUUCCCGAGACCCAAGAGGAGAUUAACGCCCAGGCAGAUGCUGCGCUAAGGGAUCUCUUUCCCCGUAUGCCCAACACAGACCGACAGAUGGUCAUUGACCGCUCAUUUCGGAAGGGAGGCGGAGAAACAGUAGGUUUGGCAGCCGACCUGACACUGUCACGACGAGUGCAGCUCGCUGUACUUGCACAUAUUCGCCAUACCCAUACCACAUACGACGAGCUCUGGAGAACUCAUGGCUGGGCCACGGCCAGGAAAGCAAUCGAGGCCACAUGUCUUGACUUUAUCGUCAAGUGGCGAGGAGAUGAAGAGACUGGCCGGGACCAGUUGGAUGAGAUCCUACGCGAGGUGAUUGUCAUCUCAGAUUCUGAAGGUUCUGAGGAUGAAGAUGACGAGGACGACGAUGAUACUGAAGACGAUAGUUCAGAGACUGAGGACAGUGAUCAAACCGAGGCUGGGGAGAUUGAUGGAGGUAUGCCAUCACCCCGUGCCCAGGCUCCAUACAGGACCGCCCCGUAUCGGCCAGGGUACGUGGCCGGUGGACAAAGGGACCAGUUCCAACCGCCUCGCAUCCCAGCCAGCUCUGGGCCGACCUUCCACCGAAGACUCAAUUCGACAAACUUUAGGCGCUAUGAGGCUGUUGCACAGACUCGGUGGGAGCAGGCUCAGAACAGGGUUCGCCAUGAAAAUGUACCCACGACGUAUCCUGCUCCCUCGGCACCCUUGCACCGCGUCGACAAUCGUUCGGAUUUGCAGCCCUACCAACCCUACAAUCCGCGCAGCCAACAGCCAGGUCCUCCUAGUAGGGACCAUAAUCGUCCUGGUUUGCUCCCUGCGGAGGUUCUCAGUGGUACUUCUCGUCCAGUGGACCCAAGGGUAUCCAUUUCAACAGCAGUCAAGGGUCUGGAGCUUAAGGAUUAUCUGGUUCCUUCAAUCGAGCCUAGAUCUCCAGAAAAUCUUACCAGUCCAAUCUUUGUGCGUACUUUACCGCCACGAGUACAUGAACGACAGUCCGCUAGGACCUCACUUCGGCGACGGUCUCGUAGCCCGGUCUAUCGCUCUCCACAACCCUCUGCAGCGUUUGACCGUACUGAAGAGCGCGGUUACAUCAAUCCGGAUCCUAAUGCGACGUCUAAGUACCGUAUCGACGGAGGAGGAUUGUCGUCCAGACAUGUUGGCUCGUCUGAUGUGAUCGGUAUGGCAGAACUGAGCCAAGGCUCAUACUUGGUAUUGCCUGAUGACAGAAGAAAGUAUGCGGAUAUGCAUUCGCAUCAGCCGUACCAUACUACUGGCUCUCGCCAGCCAGCAGAACCGCAGCCUUGGCCGCCACAACGCGUCACCGCGCCAACAGUCGGAGUCGGGUCUCAACGUCAUUAUCCUGACCAUCUUGAGACCGUGCUCCUUGGAACGGAGCGCCGUCCCAUCCUGAUCGAGGAUUGGGAGAGACGAACUGUCGAGCAGCCCUUGUCAGCAGGCAGCGGUGGGUGGCCGGUGUUGGCAGAUGAUGGACGCUCUGCGAUCAGGCCUGUAUUUGCACCCCCUCGUCCAUUUCCUCCCGACACCUUAUAUACCCCGACAAUGCGGGAGCGCGGCUUGGUGCAACCUGAUAUUGCUGGGCUUCCUGUGGUUGACCACAAUGACCCUCGAGCUGCAGCAUACCCGAGGCGCUUAUUGUCAUCUGGAGAAGUAUACUCCCAGCCUCAUGAACGAGAAUUCCCACCAAAUCGCGAACAAUUGCCGAUGCAGCCUCGCGGUGUGGUUAUUAGACCACCAUCCCCACAAUACCGUAUACGGCCAGAGGAUGCGCCUGGUCGACGACAUCACAUUCUCGGCGAGGAAAUGCCUUCCAUGCGAUUUAAUGAUGUGCGACCUGCAACAGAUGGAGUUGGAGAGCCACGUCGGAUCAGAGUGGCUCCGCCUGCGAGCUUAAUGCAUGCGGAACAUACCUCACGAGAAAGACAGUACCUAAACGACACCGAGCACCGCCCAUCCCCCUUUGCCCCACGUGUAGAAUACAUUCACCUCGACUAA